AUGCAACAGGAUACAGUUGACAUAAUUAGCGCUACUAAAAGAACACUAUCAGAAUUAUACGAGAACUCUCUCGAGAUUUCAAGGAAUAUAGCAAAUAAACUUGAUGAUCCUUCUGGACCAAGUACAAAACAAAUUAAACUUGCUCCUGAUCAGUCCGUUGGCUCUACACUGCCAGAUCAAAAAUUAUAUCGUCCACUCAACAAAGAUGAUUUUAUGAAUUGUUUGAGUCCUGUGGAAUGCGCACGACAUGGUUGGACAAAUGUUGGUAAGGAUUGGCUUAAAUGCGAAUAUUGUGAUGAACAAAUGCUUGUAAAAUUGGGUAGUCUUGAACUAGAGGAACAUUUAAAAAAACAAUAUCAAGAAGGAUUAGUCACAGUACACUCAGCUACGUGUCCAUGGCGUGAACGCCAAUGUGAUGUCUCUAUAUAUAAAUUCCCAAUUCUUUUGGAUCAAGUUGUCAAAGAAAAUUUUCAAUUACGGGCAUUUCCCUUGAUAAAACUCGGUGAUAAAUUACCAGUAAUUAAGGCUGAGAUGACUGAAGAAUUCAUUCAAACUAUGGCAUCGGCGCUUUCUUUAGAAAAUGAUAAUAAUGUUGGCUCUAUCGUUGUUGGUUCUGCUGCAUGCUUGGCUUUAUUUGGAUGGGAAUACGGUUAUUUUGAAGGAUUAGAGGUUUUGCAAUGCAAGGCGUGUUUUCGUCGUUGUGCUUUGAUACAUUAUCGUAGCAUCGCGCGAAACAAGGAAAUUCAAAACGAACUGGAAAAUGUGGAGCAAACGGGCAAUGAUAGGGAAAUAGGUGAGCACGUUGUAAAAGAUACUGAAAAAAGCCAUACCGCAGCAAACGUUGAUGAUAAAGUGGAAGGAUUAGUACAAAAUUUAAAGAACCUAAUCUUUGAUACUGAAACUCAACAUCAUUGGUAUUGCAAUUGGAUUACUGGAGAUGGUAGAUCAACGACAAACAAAACAUCAGAAGAAUUGGCCAAAAGACACCCCGGCUGGAGCAUUACAUUGGAGAGCAUUUUAAAAUGUACUAAUUCUGUUACAUCGGACGAUCCAUCCGCUGCUAAGUCGGACAAUAAGUUUAACGAUUUCAAAAAUACGUUGUCCCCACGACCUCAACAGUCAUGA